GGCCCGGACCGGAAGUGACGCUCAAGUCCCCGCCCUCUCUCGGUCGCGGCGGUCGCAGCUGUUCGGGCAGCAUGGCGGAGAACGACGUGGACAACGAGCUGCUGGACUACGAGGAUGACGAGGUGGAGAACGCGGCCGGGGCCGACGGGGCCGAGGCGCCGCCCAAGAAGGACGUGAAGGGCUCCUACGUGUCCAUCCACAGCUCGGGGUUCCGGGAUUUCCUGCUCAAACCCGAGCUGCUGCGCGCCAUCGUCGACUGCGGCUUCGAGCACCCCUCAGAAGUCCAGCACGAGUGCAUCCCCCAGGCCAUCCUGGGCAUGGACGUGCUGUGCCAGGCCAAGUCCGGCAUGGGCAAGACGGCCGUGUUCGUGCUGGCCACGCUGCAGCAGCUGGAGCCGGUCACUGGACAGGUGUCGGUGCUGGUGAUGUGCCACACGCGAGAACUCGCCUUCCAGAUCAGCAAAGAGUACGAGCGCUUCUCCAAGUACAUGCCCAGCGUCAAGGUGGCAGUGUUUUUUGGGGGUCUCUCCAUCAAGAAGGACGAGGAGGUGCUGAAGAAGAACUGUCCCCACAUCGUGGUGGGGACCCCGGGCCGGAUCCUGGCGCUGGCCCGGAACAAAAGCCUCAACCUCAAACACAUCAAACAUUUCAUCCUGGACGAGUGCGACAAGAUGCUGGAGCAGCUGGGUGUCCGUCGGGACGUGCAGGAGAUUUUCCGGAUGACGCCGCACGAGAAGCAGGUGAUGAUGUUCAGCGCCACCCUGAGCAAGGAGAUCCGCCCGGUGUGCCGCAAGUUCAUGCAGGAUCCCAUGGAGAUUUUCGUGGAUGACGAGACGAAGCUGACGCUGCACGGGCUGCAGCAAUAUUACGUCAAACUCAAGGACAACGAGAAGAACAGGAAACUCUUCGACCUGCUGGACGUGCUGGAGUUCAACCAGGUUGUGAUUUUUGUCAAGUCCGUGCAGCGCUGCAUCGCCCUGGCCCAGCUGCUGGUGGAGCAAAACUUCCCGGCCAUCGCCAUCCACCGCGGGAUGCCCCAGGAGGAGAGGCUGUCCCGGUACCAGCAGUUCAAGGACCCC